CUCGAUGCAAUUUCCUCUGCGAUCCCAUAUGAUAUGAUAUCAGAUUAUCAGAUAUAAUUUUGAUAUUAGUGGUUUGUUACUGUUCCAGAAGCUGCUUUCCCUUUCCCCACUGCACUUAUAUAUAAGUGAUUGAUUGAUCAUUCAAUUCCACUCUCGUGGAAGAUAGAGAAUGGGAGCUUCUGGGUCGACUCCGAGAGGUUGUGCGGGAUUUGGUUGCCUGAAUCUUCGCAAGCCACGGCGGCGGCGGAGGGUGGCGAGGGGCCGCUCUUUGUCCAACAAUAAGCUCAGCAAAGUGGAGCCUUCCGGUUCCGCGAAUUCGUCUUAUUGCAAUCCAACAUUCCAAGGAAACAACGAAUCGUGGUUUGACCCGGAGACAGGAGGUUGUUCUGAUGGUGAUGAUGAUUUCUAUAGUGUUCAGGAUGUUCUUUCACAGAGUGGAGGUGGAUCUAUGUCAACAGCUGUUUCUCCGAGAUUUGCUGAUCUUGCAUACUAUAAUGGAGAUUCUUUUGCUGACGCAAAACCAUGUGAAAUAUCAGUUGGAUCUUCAGAUGCAAACCCUGUCAAGGAGGUUGCUGUCCAAGAAAAAACUUCAAAUGAUUCUCAUCUGAUUUCAUGUGACCCUCCUAAGGAGGAUAAGGAUUUGGACCAUGUAAAUAAAGACUCUAACCAACAGAUUGGUCAAAGUGACAGUCCUGGCAAAAGAGUUGAAACAGAAACAUUUCAUAGUUGUGGAAUUCUGCAGAAUAGAUGUAUGUCUUGUCUUGCUUGCACUGCCUCCCCAGGUGAAAAGAGAAAAACUCUAGUCCCAACUUCACCAGGCACUAAAAGAAAAUCUUCUUUCACCCACAAGUUUUCUUUCAAGUGGCGAGAAUCCCUGGAAAGUCAUUCGUUAUUGCCUCCAAAUGCUGUUUUACGAAGACCAAUAGCUGGUUCUCAAGUUCCAUGUUCCCCACUGGAAAAGAACAUUUCUGAAUGUUGGUCAUCAAUUGAACCGAACACCUUCAAAGUCCGAGGUCUGAGUUACAUUAGGGAUAAGAAGAAAGAAUCUGCACCAAAUUCUGCUGCAUUUUAUCCUUUUGGUGUUGAUGUGUUCUUAUCACCACGGAAGAUCAAUCACAUCGCACGUUUUGUGGAACUUCCAGCCAUUGAUUCAUCAGGAGAGAUCCCUCCCAUACUUAUUGUAAAUCUUCAGAUCCCUUUGUACUCUGCUGCAAUCUUUCAAAAUGAAUAUGAUGGGGAAGGAGUGAGUUUCGUUUUCUAUUUCAAACUUUCAGAAAAUUACUCAAAAGAACUUCCAGUCCAUUUUCAAGAAAAUAUCAGGAAGCUGAUCCAUGAUGAAAAAGAAAAGAUUAAAGGAUUUCCGAUUGAUACAAGCGCACCCUUCAGAGAAAGAUUGAAAAUCCUAGGUCGAGUGGUUAAUAUAGAGGACCUUCAUUUAAGUGCAACAGAAAAGAAGCUCAUGAAUGCCUAUAAUGAAAAACCUGUUCUCUCGCGUCCUCAACAUGAAUUUUACCUGGACAAAAACUACUUGGAGAUUGAUUUGGACAUUCACAGGUUCAGUUACAUUGCCAGGAAAGGCUUUGAAACAUUCCAUGACAGAGUGAAGAACUUUGUCUUGGAUUUUGGUCUGACAAUUCAGGGAAACAAGGCAGAGGAUUUGCCUGAGCACCUGUUAUGUUGCCUAAGAUUGAAAGAAAUCGACUAUAGUAAAUAUUGCCAACUGGAGAUAUGAAUGAACCACCCAAAUUUAAGAUGACCUAAAGGAUGACAAUCUACAUGGGAAACAACCGCUCACCUAUUAUUCAUUUGUUCAUUUCUUCUCUUUUCCAAACUUCCUUCCUUUUUGCGUUACAAGAAUUAGCGCAUAUUCGGUAAUGUAAUUGUGCUGGAAUUCAUGAAAUCAAUGAUGAAAUUAAUAAAAAUUCAUUUUAUUUUUUCGGGACAACAAGGGGGUUGUUGGUUUAGGAUGUAUGAACCUUUCCACAACGCCCAAAAAGUGUGAUGAAACCACAGGUGAUGGCCUUGGUGUGUGAUCUGGAAGGCGGCAGAGGCGCAACCGGGGGACUCGCAUUCGUCUCCUCCGCUGCUGCUGCAGCCACUCUUGCAUUUGCAUGGGAGACAAUAUCUUUGCAAUUGUAUCGUUCUUGUUGAGCCCUUUCCCGGGGAUGGGGAAGGGGAAGCUGCGAUCCCCCACCGGCCUUCAGCUCCGGCCCAUAAACGACCUUCUCCCAAAUGCGGCCGGAGGAUCCCUGUCGCCGGAAUGAGUACGAUGAUCUUUGCAAUGUUGUCAUGUCAUGGAUAGGAUGGAUUAUAGGAUAGAUAGAUAGAUGCUAUUAUCUUAUCUAAUCUAAAUCUAAUUCUAAUCUAUCAUGUAACUAACAUAAUACUUUCCUUUGGCUAUUUCUGUUGGAGGCAUUUUCAUUUUGUGCUAUCUAUUUCUCUAUAAUACUUGCACUGCCAAA